UAUUGUGUCGAGCAAAGAAAACCAAGAAAAUAAACCUUGUAAACUCACUUGAAUAGUUGGUUGAUACACCAAUUGGAAAAUCAAUGAAAGUCCUUUCAGCUCUGUUUGUAUACUCUUUCUUACUCUCCUUUUUAAGAACCUCCUCUACACUAGACACCAUCACUCCAAGUCAAUCUAUCAGAGAUGGUGAGACUUUGGUUUCAGCUAGUGGAAGAUAUGAAUUGGGAUUCUUCAGCCCAGGUAGUUCGAAAAGCCGGUAUGUGGGAAUAUGGUUCGGGGUAUCUAAUGACACAGUUGUGUGGGUAGCCAACAGAGAAAUCCCCCUUAAAAAUCGCCUUGGAGUGCUCAAGGUUACCAACAGAGGAAUUCUUGUCCUCCUUGAUAGCACAAAUACUUCUAUUUGGUCAUCCAAUAUAUCAAGAACUGCAGGGAAUAAGAUCAAUAAUCCAACUGCACAGCUCCUGGAUUCAGGAAAUCUUGUUGUGACAGAUGGAAAUAAUAGUGACCCAAAGAGUUUUUUGUGGCAGAGUUUUGAUCAUCCAAGCGACACAUUACUACCAGAUAUGAAGAUUGGAUGGGACUCAGCUAGUGGUCUAGAUAGGUAUUUAACAGCAUGGAAGAGCCCAGAAGAUCCUGCUCAAGGUGAAUUUUCAGGAGUACUAGAUCGUCGAGGGCUCCCACAAGUAGUUUGUAUGCAGGGAGACAAAAUAAAGGGUAGACCAGGGUCCUGGAAUGGCCUUUAUUUUACAGGGAAGCCAUGGUUAAGACCGAAUCCGUUGUUUAAGUAUGAAUUCGUGUUGAAUGAGAAAGCCGUCUAUUAUAAUUAUAAGCUCCUGAAUAAUUCGAUUUUGCUAAGGUAUGUGUUAAACUCAUUAGGUAAUGGGCUGGCGUAUAGAUGGAUGGCUCGCACACAAAGUUGGGAUCUUUUAACUUCAUACCAGUCAGAUGAGUGUCAAAACUAUGGCCACUGUGGUGCAUAUGCUAGCUGCAAUAUCAAUGAGUCUCCUGUAUGUGCAUGCUUGAAAGGAUUCAUACCAAAAUUUCCAAAAGAUUGGAAUUCAGCAUAUUGGUCUGGUGGGUGUGUUCGAGGUACUCCAUUGGGGUGCAAUAAUGGAGACGGGUUCCUCAAGUACAAGGGGGUGAAAUUGCCUGACACAUCUUCUUCCUGGUUUGAUAGGAACAUGAAUCUCAAGGAAUGUGAAGAAUUGUGUUUGAAAAAUUGCUCAUGCAGAGCAUAUGCAAAUUUAGAUAUUAGGAAUGGAGGUAGUGGUUGCUUGCUUUGGUUUGCUGACCUGGUUGAUUUAGUUGUACUCCAAAUGGGUGGGCAAGACCUUUAUAUACGUGUGGCCGCUUCAGAACUAGAUCAUAUUGAGAAGAACAGGCACUUUGUCCAAAAAUAUCAAGUAAUAAUCAUAGUCUGCAGUGCAAUACUACUCACGGUAAUGUUAGCAUUGGGGCUGGUCACAUAUGUAAGGAGGAUGAAACUUAGAAAGGAAGGAAUGAAUAUAAGACGUCAAAAUGAUUAUAAUAAUGAAGACAAAAAGGAAGAUAUGGAAUUACCGAUAUUUGAUCUGAUAACCAUAUCUAAUGCCACUGAUAACUUUGCAAACAAUAACAAGUUAGGAGAAGGUGGUUUUGGAUCUGUCUACAAGGGUACAUUGCUUAGGGGGCAAGAAAUAGCUGUAAAGAGACUUUCAAAGAAUUCUGGACAAGGAUUGAAUGAGUUCAAAAAUGAAGUCAUAUUAAUUGCCAAACUUCAACACCGCAAUCUUGUGAAGCUGCUCGGUUGUUGCAUUCAAGAACAAGAAAAGUUGUUAAUCUAUGAAUACAUGCACAACAAAAGCUUGGACUCAUUUAUUUUUGACCAAUCGAAGAGUAGACUACUUGAUUGGCGUAUGCGCCAUAGCAUUAUUGGUGGCAUUGCUAGAGGGCUUCUUUACCUUCAUGAAGACUCUAGAUUGAGAAUUAUCCAUAGAGAUCUUAAAGCUAGCAAUGUCCUACUAGAUAAUAAUAUGAACCCAAAAAUUUCUGACUUUGGCCUUGCUAAAACAUUUGGGAGAGAUCAAACAGAGGCUGAUACCAAUAGAAUUGUUGGAACAUAUGGUUAUAUGCCUCCUGAGUAUGCCGGGUAUGGACAAAUCUCAGUGAAAACCGAUGUUUUUAGCUUUGGAGUUUUAUUAUUAGAGAUCGUGAGCGGGAAGAAGAACAAGGAAUUGUGUAACUCUGGUCAAUGUCUUAAUCUUCUAGGACAUGCAUGGAAACUAUGGAUUGAAGACAAGCCAAUGGAGCUGAUAGAUGAAUUCUUAGUCUUAGGUGACUCGUGCAUUUUAUCUGAAGUGUUACGAUGCAUUCAUGUGGGUUUGUUAUGUGUACAACAAAGACCAGAAGAUAGGCCAAACAUGUCAUCUGUGGUUCUAAUGUUAAGCAGUGACAAUUCAUUGCCCAAUCCAAGGCAGCCAGGUUUUGUUGCAGGAAAGACUUCACUUGGAGAAGAUUCUUCACCAGGAAAUCUUGAAAUGCCUUCAAUAAAUGAAGUCACCAUUACAGUGUUAGAAUUGGUUGAUACCCCAAUUGGAAAAUCAAUGAAAGCCUUUUCGGCUCUGUUUGUUUACUCCUUACUCUCCUUCUUAAGAACCUCCACUACACUAGACACCAUCACUCCAAGUCAAUCUAUCAGAGAUGGUGAGACUUUGGUUUCAGCUGGUGGAAGCUUUGAAUUGGGAUUCUUCAGCCCAGGUAGUUCGAAAAGCCGAUAUGUGGGAAUAUGGUUUGGGGUAUCUAAUGACACUGUUGUAUGGGUAGCCAACAGAGAAACCCCACUUGAAAAUCUCGAUGGAGUGUUCAAGGUUACCAACAAGGGAAUUCUUGUCCUUCUUGAUAGCACAAAUACUACUAUUUGGUCAUCCAAUACAUCAAGAACUGCAGGGAAUAGUAUCAACAAUCCAACUGCACGGUUAUUGGAUUCAGGAAAUCUUGUUGUGAAUGAUGGAAACACUGAGAGUCUUUUGUGGCAGAGUUUUGAUUAUCCUAGCGACACAUUACUACCAGAAAUGAAGAUUGGAUGGGAUUUAGUUAGUGGUCUAGAUAGGAAUUUAACAUCUUGGAAGGGCGCAGAAGAUCCUGCUCAAAGUGAAAUUUCAGAAGGGUUAGAUCGUGGAGGGCUCCCACAAUUAGUUGAUAUGGAGGGAGACAAUAUAAAUGUUAGACCAGGGUCUAGGAAUGGCCUUUAUUUUACUGGGAUGCCAUGGUUAAGACUGAAUCCGUUGUUCAAGUAUGAAUUCGUGAUGAAUGAGAAAGAGGUCUAUUAUCAUUAUAAAGUCCUAAACAAUUCUAUUUUCGUGAGGUAUGUGUUAAACCCAUCAGGCAUUGGGCAAGGGUUAAAAUGGACGGAUCACACCAAAAGUUGGGAGCCAGUAACUACAUCCCAGUCAGAUGAGUGUGCGAAUUAUGCACACUGUGGUGCAUAUGCUAGCUGCAAUAUCAAUAAGUCUCCUGUAUGUGCAUGCUUGAAAGGAUUUAUGCCAAAAUCUCCAACAGACUGGAAUUUAGCAGAUUGGUCUGGUGGAUGUGUUCGAGGGACUCCACUAGAUUGCAAUGACGAAGAUGGGUUCCUCAACUACAAGGGUGUGAAAUUGCCUGACACAUCUUCUUCCUGGUUUGAUAGGAACAUGAGUCUCAAGGAAUGUGAAAAUUUGUGUUUGAAAAACUGCUCAUGCAGAGCAUAUUCAAAUUUAGAUAUUAGGAAUGGAGGAAGUGGUUGCUUGCUUUGGUUUGCUGACUUGGUUGAUUUAGUAGUACUCCAAAUGGAUGGGCAAGACCUCUAUAUUCGUGUGGCCGCUUCAGUACUGGAUCAUAUUGGGAAGAACAGGCACUUUGGCCAAAAAUAUCAAGUAAUAAUCAUAGUCUGUAGUGCAAUACUACUCAUGGUAAUGCUAGUACUGGGGCUGGUCUUUUAUGUAAGGAGGAUGAAACUUAGAAAGGAAGGAUUGGAUAUAAGAUGCCAAAAUGAUUAUAACAAUGAAGAUUGGAAGGAAGAUAUGGAGUUACCAAUAUUUGAUCUACUAACCAUAUCUAAUGCCACUAAUAACUUUGCAAGCAGCAACAAGUUAGGAGAAGGUGGCUUUGGAUCUGUAUACAAGGGUACAUUGCUUGGGGGGCAAGAAAUAGCUGUAAAGAGACUUUCAAAGAAUUCUGGACAAGGAUUCAAUGAGUUCAAAAAUGAAGUUAUAUUAAUUGCCAAACUUCAACACCGCAACCUUGUGAAGCUGCUUGGUUGUUGCAUUCAAGAAAAUGAAAAAUUGUUAAUCUAUGAAUACAUGCACAACAAAAGCUUGGACUCAUUUAUUUUUGACCAAACAAAGAGCAAACUGCUUGAUUGGCGUAUGCGCCACAACAUUAUCAAUGGCAUUGCUAGAGGACUUCUUUACCUUCAUGAAGACUCUAGAUUGAGAAUUAUCCAUAGAGAUCUCAAAGCUAGCAAUAUCCUACUAGAUAAUAACAUGACCCCAAAAAUUUCUGACUUUGGCCUUGCUAAAAUGUUUGGGGGAGAUCAAACGGAGGCUGAUACUAAUAGAAUUGUUGGAACAUAUGGUUAUAUGCCUCCUGAGUAUGCUGGGUAUGGGCAAGUCUCAGUGAAAACCGAUGUUUUUAGCUUUGGAGUUUUAUUACUAGAGAUUGUGUGCGGGAAGAAGAACAAGGAAUUCUAUAACUCUAGCCAGUGCCUCAAUCUUCUGGGACAUGCAUGGAGACUAUGGAUUGAAGAUAGGCCAACAGAACUGAUAGAUGAAUUCUUAAUCUUAGGUGACUCGUGCAUUUUAUCUGAAGUGUUACGAUGCAUUCAUGUGGGUUUGUUAUGUGUGCAACAAAGACCAAAAGAUAGGCCAAACAUGUCAUCCGUGGUUCUAAUGUUAAGCAGUGACAAUUCAUUGCCAAAUCCAAGGGAGCCAGGUUAUUAUACAGAAAAGGCUCUCGUUGGAAAAGAUCAUUCAUCAAGAAAGCUUGAGAAUCCUUCAAGUUCAACAAAUGAAAUCACCUUUACAAUGUUAGAAGCGAGGUAGGGUAUCAUCACUUGAGACUCGACAGCAAAAAGGAGUGACUGGAAAAGAAAGUUGCAAGGUGCUGCUACUCACAUGUAUGGAAAAAUUCAUCCAACUGGGCUUUGGGCCUGUUGGAUGUUACUUUCUUGUUUCCAAGCAACUCUACAAGAGGCCAUAUUUGGGCUUUUCUCUUCUCUCAUAACAUUUGGGCGAUUCUUCUGCCAUUUUCUCACUCGUGCACUUCUUCAUAGGGGAUUCUUGGGCCCUGUUUCUUACCAGGCUUUGGGCUUUG